AGAAACAGUUCUGCGCGCGUCCUCGUGAAAGAGGAAAUAUGGCGGCGCUCACGCCUCUUAGUCAGUUACCAAGUGGAAAUGCUUCAUAUGAGAACUUCUACAGACAGGUUGAUCCUGGAAACACAGGGAAGGUUGACGCUGCGGAGGCCGCUCAGUUCUUGAAGAAAUCAGGACUUUCAGACAGCACGCUUGGUCAGAUUUGGGACUUAUCAGAUCCAGAGAGAAAAGGUUACCUUGAUAAACGGGGUUUCUUCAAUGCUUUGAGGCUGGUGGCGGCAGCUCAAGGUGGAAGUGAGGUCAAUCUGAACAGUUUGAACAGAAACGUCUCAUCACCUGUUCCUACAUUUAGAGAUGCUGGCAGUCCUUCUCUAAACACCACAACAUCUGCUGGUGACUCCAGCUGGGCAGUAAAGCUGGAAGAUAAAGCAAAGUAUGAUGGGAUAUUUGAAAGCCUCUCUCCGGUUGGUGGGCUGCUGUCGGGUGAUAAAGUUAAACCGGUUCUCAUGAACUCAAACCUGCCUCUCGAUGUGCUUGGAAGGAUUUGGGAUCUCAGUGAUAUUGACAGAGAUGGACACUUGGAUAAAGAUGAGUUUGCUGUGGUGAUGCGCCUGGUAUAUGCAGCCAGAGAGAAGGAGCCUGUGCCAUCCGCCCUCCCUCCAUCCCUAAUCCCUCCAUCCAAACGGAAAAAGAUUUCGGGCGCCCUCCCGGGAUCGGUUCCUGUUCUUCCCUCCAGUCCGUUCCUCCUGAAGGAGAGCCUGCGGCCCGUGCCGACCCUCGCCAUCAAUCCGCUCAUCAAUCUCUCUCCAUCAAACUCAUUCAAGAGCUCCACCCCAACACCACCCCUGCAGCCGCAAACGCACACACAGGCCUCCUCUGAGCACUGGGUGGUGCCGGCGGAUGACAGAGAUCAAUAUGAGGAGAUCUUUGACUUGGCAGACUCUGACUUUGAUGGUCUGGUUGGAGGAGGUGAGGUGAAGGACAUCUUCAUUAACUCUGGCCUGCCACAGAGCGUCCUGGCACACAUAUGGUCUCUGGCUGACACUAAGAGCGCAGGCAAACUCACUAAAGAGCAGUUCUGCCUAGCUAUGUUUCUCAUUCAUGAGAAGGUGAAAGGAGUGGAUCCUCCUCGGAGUCUGACCCCUGACAUGAUCCCACCUUCAGAGAGAGGAACUGCCAGCACACCUGUUCUGUCUGGAUUCAAAUCAUCUGGAUCUGAAUUGGCUCCGUUUACCAGUUUGAACAGGGACAGCGGCUCUUCUGCUGGCUUGGUUGAGCUGACAGGAAUCAAGGAUCUCGAUGACAUCGGCAAGCAGAUCUCACAGCUGCAAAGUGAAAAACGCACUUUAGAGGCUGAAAUAAGGCAGAAGGAGGAUGGUCUGCGACAGAAGAACAGUGAAGUCCAGGAGGUGCAGAGAGAACUGGAGCGUGAGAACGUCGGCAUUCAGGAUAUGGAGCACCAGAAGCGAGACGCUCAGGAUCGACUCCAUGACAUGAAACAGCAGAGAUCCAAACUGGAGAGCACACUAGACGAGACCAAGAGCAAAUGGCAAGAGGAAAAUGCCAAGAUCUCAUCUCUGCAGGCUCAGAUCUCAUCUCAGGAGUCUGAUGUGCAGAUGCAGGAGAAGGAGGUGAACCGAACGAAGAUGGACCUCUACUGUAUGGAGCAGGAGGAGAAACGGCUGGAGGGCGGUCUGCAUGCUGGCAAAACCAAACUAGACAGCAUCAUCAAACUUCUGAAAACAUCACAGGACGAGAUGGACCAGACACGCGGCGAGCUCAGCGAGAUUCAGGAGGCACAACAAGAACUCAAUAAAAUCAUCGAACGCUGCACCAAAGCUCUCAACGAAGGUGUGACUAGUCUGGCCGAGCUAGACCAACUGAUCGCUGAGGAAAGCUCCAGUACAGAUGAUAAGGAGUCGUCUCUGGUUAAGUCCAGGAUGGCCAUGUUUAACAGCAGCGCCUCUCAAAACCUGAACACAGACCCAUUCCAGAGUGAAGACCCCUUCAAAAGUGACCCCUUCAGUAAAGCUGAUCCGUUUGGAGGAGAUCCGUUCCAGCAGAGCGUCCCGUUCAACGAUCCGUUCACAAACUCGGAUCCGUUUGCUGAAAGAUCCCCAAGCAACUUCAAGGCCAUCUCCUUCAGAAGAAACAGCAGCCAGACGUCUGUGAGUCCCAAACCUAAAGACUCAGAUCCAUUCGCUGCAUCAGACCCAUUCAGCAGCAACACGUUCAGAGGGAAAGGCGGCUUUGCAGACUUUUCUCACAUGUCAAAGGGCUCAAGCUUGGAGCCGAUAGGUCGAAAGCCGACGUACCCUCUGCCACCUCCAAAAAAACCCGGACCACAGAGACCAGCGCCACCCCCUUACGGAAAGACUUCAGCUGUUACGGGUCCAGUCGCUCAUAGUCGACCGUUUGGUGGUCCGACCACUCAAAACACGCAUGCGGGCCGAGGAUCCAUGUCCUCGUCCACAUCGGUUGGGUCUACGGUUAACCCGUCUUCAGCGCUUAAAGACUUUAGAUCUUUCGGAAGUGAACCGCAGCAGCUCGAGUGGGCCAAGCGAGAGAGUCAGAAAGAAGAGGCGGAGCGUAUCCGGAUGCUCCGCCUACAGGAACAGCAGGACCUGGAGUUGGCUCUCGCCCUGAGUCGAGCUGAUAUGCCCAGAACAUGAAGGACCUUUAAUGAGCCGACAUACCAAAUCAGAUUCGAUAUACCUCAAGCCCUUCUGCACGUCCCUCAGGUUUGCCUCACUCAUCAUGAUGUCAUUCAAGCAAACACCAAUCAGCACUCAAUAGACUCAAAAAUACUCUGAACCUGAACGUGACGUCUAAACACAUUCAUUCCCCAGAACAAAACUCGCCACCAGAAGCUGAAAUGAAUUCAUAUUUUACUGCUGUCAGUCCUCUGUUUUCGUAUCUUUAGCUUCUGGAUUAUGAUUUAGUUUGCUAUAAUCUCCUGAAUCAGUUCAUGAAGCUGCAUUUUUUUCUGUAGUUUCAGGUAGAUGACACUAAACCACACAAACCACUGUUUUGAAAGGUCUCUGUACUGACACUGCUUCACAGUUUAACUCUUCAACCAAAUUCAUCUUUGUUUGUGUUCUUAAAUAGUUUGGAAAGCAUAUUUUAUCAAGAAACAAAACCUUAAACUGUGUAUUGUUUUGUUAUGCAUUCAUAUAUUUAUUGCUUUUGCGAACAAUACUGAACAAUGAUUUGUAGGAUAUGGAUUGUUUAUGUGAUAAAUUUGGGUGUUCGUUUUGAUUUUCCUUUUACCAUGUGAAGAUUAUAUUGAACUUUAAUGAUUUAUGUGUUUGUUUCAUUUCCCUGUUGGAAAGGUCAGAAUUUUAAAAGUUUUAUUAAAUGUCACACAUAUUUAUCUGAAUUCAGUAGAUGUUUUUUCUUUUCAUUUUGGGGUGAAAUAUUAAGUUAUAUUGAUAGUCAAAAACAGUAAUGGGUUUUGCAUAAAGAAAAUGAAGACAAUUAAGCACAUUCCUUUAGUUAUUUAUUUUUUGUUGUAAUGUGUUUUUAUUGUAAAGUUCUUAUACUAGUGUUUUUACGCUCAUUUUUAUGUUCUGUCUGGACAGACGUAUUCCUCGUACUAAAUGACAUUCGAGUAAUAAAUAUUUUGAAGGGGA